UAUUAUUUUCUCAACAGGAUUUCAAAGACUUUUCUGAAAUGUUUCCUGAAUUCAGAGAAGAAGCUACUGAAGCUAGUAGGACACUGGUGGUCCGUGACCUCAAUCUAGGAGUGUUCCAUGGCCCUCUCCAGUACAAAGUUCUGAAGCAAAUGAAAUCCCAUCUAAGUCCUGGCUUAUUCGGUGCGGUGAUGGAUCCAGAUACGGCAAGUUCUGAGCUUGUUCUCUCCGAGGACCUCACCUCUGUGAGUUUUGGUGACAAGAGACAGCUGCCUGACACCCCAAAGAGAUUCAGUCCAUGUGCAUGUGUGUUGGGCUCUGAAGGACUUACCUCUGGGAAACACUUUUGGGUGAUUGAUGUAGGGAAUAAAACGAGAUGGAAUGUGGGUGUAGCCACAGAGUCCAUCAACAGGAAAGGGCCACUCACAUUAGCACCUGACAAUGGAUGCUGGGUCAUGUCUCAUAUAAAAGGUGAUAAGUAUGUAGUCUUUGAUUUUGAAGCACUAGAGCUCCAUGUGAGUGUGAAGCCAAAGAAGAUUGGGGUGUACCUGGACUAUGACAAUGGACAAGUGUCAUUUUACAAUGCAGAUGAUAUGUCUCACCUUCAUACUUAUAUGGACACUUUCACUGAAAAACUCUACCUUUUCUUAAGUCCCUGUAAUAAGGAUAAAGGCAAAAAUGCUGAACCUUUAAAACUUGUAUCCAGUAUGACUCUGUGAACAAGUUUUUUUAUUAAAUUAGUGGUGGGUACUUUUGUUUCUGAAUCUAGUAAAACUGGAAUUUGCUGAGGUUUACUGUUGUCCUGGUCUGGUUCAGAGAUGCCUUAGAACUUAUCACACUUAAAAUUCUCAAUAUUUAUA